GGUCGCGGCGUGGGAGGAGAGGCGACUUCAGAGGCUAAAGGUCCUUAUAGCGACUCGAGUAGCGGCCAUAGCAGCAUAGUAGCGGUGGGACUUCGUGUUUUGUCGUCAGGAUGCCGGCGGUGUCGAAGGGGGAUGGGAUGCGAGGCCUGGCGGUCUUCAUCUCCGAUAUCAGGAACUGUAAAAGCAAAGAGGCAGAGAUAAAGAGAAUAAACAAAGAAUUGGCAAACAUUCGGUCCAAGUUUAAAGGUGAUAAAGCCCUUGAUGGCUACAGUAAGAAAAAGUAUGUCUGCAAGCUGCUUUUCAUCUUCCUUCUGGGGCAUGAUAUUGAUUUUGGCCACAUGGAGGCUGUGAAUCUACUGAGUUCAAACAAAUACACUGAGAAGCAAAUUGGAUAUCUGUUCAUCUCCGUACUUGUGAAUUCAAACAGUGAGCUGAUACGCCUGAUAAACAAUGCUAUCAAGAAUGACCUGGCCAGCCGGAACCCUACUUUCAUGGGGCUAGCUUUGCAUUGUAUUGCCAACGUGGGCAGUAGAGAGAUGGCAGAAGCAUUUGCUGGAGAAAUUCCAAAAAUACUUGUAGCUGGAGAUACAAUGGACAGUGUGAAGCAGAGUGCAGCCCUGUGCUUGCUGCGAUUAUACAGAACUUCUCCUGACUUGGUUCCUAUGGGAGACUGGACAUCGAGAGUUGUGCACCUUCUCAAUGACCAGCAUCUGGGUGUGGUUACUGCUGCUACAAGUUUGAUCACCACUCUGGCACAAAAGAACCCAGAUGAAUUUAAAACCUCAGUCUCUCUGACUGUCUCCAGACUCAGUAGGAUUGUGACAUCUGCAUCAACUGAUCUCCAGGAUUAUACCUAUUACUUUGUCCCUGCUCCGUGGUUAUCUGUGAAGCUUCUGAGGCUCUUACAGUGCUAUCCACCUCCAGACCCGUCUGCACGAGGCCGUCUCACAGAGUGUCUGGAAACUAUUCUUAACAAAGCUCAAGAACCUCCAAAAUCCAAGAAAGUGCAGCAUUCAAAUGCGAAAAAUGCAGUGCUAUUUGAGGCAAUUAGUUUAAUUAUCCACCAUGAUAGUGAGCCAAACCUGCUUGUUCGUGCCUGUAAUCAGCUAGGCCAGUUCUUGCAGCACCGGGAAACUAAUCUUCGUUACCUUGCGCUGGAAAGCAUGUGCACUCUUGCCAGUUCUGAGUUUUCACAUGAGGCUGUGAAAACACACAUAGAAACAGUUAUCAAUGCACUGAAGACUGAGAGAGAUGUAAGUGUACGACAGAGAGCUGUGGAUCUCUUGUAUGCCAUGUGCGACCGAAGCAAUGCCCAGCAGAUUGUUGCUGAGAUGCUGAAUUACUUGGAAACGGCUGAUUAUUCCAUUAGAGAGGAAAUUGUGCUAAAGGUUGCAAUUUUAGCUGAGAAAUAUGCAGUGGACUACACCUGGUAUGUGGAUACAAUCUUGAAUCUGAUUCGAAUUGCUGGGGACUAUGUGAGUGAAGAAGUGUGGUACAGAGUCAUUCAGAUUGUAAUUAACCGAGAUGAUGUACAAGGAUAUGCUGCAAAGACAGUAUUUGAGGCUCUUCAGGCACCUGCCUGUCAUGAGAACUUGGUAAAAGUAGGUGGUUACAUCUUGGGAGAAUUUGGAAAUCUGAUUGCUGGUGAUCCAAGAUCUAGUCCUCUGAUCCAGUUCAACCUGCUACACUCCAAGUUCCAUUUGUGUAGUGUUCCUACCCGUGCUUUGCUUCUGUCUACUUACAUCAAGUUUGUGAAUUUGUUUCCUGAAAUAAAAACAACCAUUCAGGAUGUACUACGCAGUGAUAGUCAGCUGAAAAAUGCUGAUGUUGAGCUACAGCAGAGAGCUGUUGAGUACCUGAGGCUCAGUACAAUUGCAAGUACUGAUAUCCUGGCAACCGUGCUAGAAGAAAUGCCUCCAUUUCCAGAGAGGGAGUCUUCUAUAUUGGCCAAACUCAAGAAGAAAAAAGGCCCCAACACAGUUACUGACUUAGAAGAGACAAAAAAGGAGAGAAACUCUGAUGCAAAUGGUGGGACUGAAGCUACUCUUGUCAGUGCUAGUACUGCGUCAACCCCAUCUCCUUCAGCAGACCUUUUAGGUCUUGGUGCAGCCCCAGCCACCAACUCUGUACCUCCCCCAACAUCCAGUGGUAGCUUGCUGGUGGACGUGUUCUCAGAUUCUUCUGCAGUUCCUGCAUCUCUUCCACCUAAUUCUGAAGAUAAUUUUGCAAGUCCUGACCUGGCUUCAACUGAGCAGGUAGUUUCUGAGGAACCAGCUGAUGCUGUGCAUGAUGCUGAUGAACUUUUCCACAAGUUUGUUUGCAAAAAUAAUGGAGUCCUGUUUGAGAAUCAGUUGCUACAGAUUGGUCUGAAAUCUGAAUUUCGACAGAACUUGGGGCGGAUGUUCAUAUUUUAUGGAAACAAGACUUCGACACAAUUUUUAAACUUUACUCCAACACUAAUCUGUUCAGAUGAUCUUCAAUCAAGCCUGAAUUUGCAGACGAAGCCAGUCGAUCCCGCAGUGGAGGGGGGUGCCCAAGUGCAGCAAGUUGUAAAUAUUGAAUGUAUAUUGGACUUCAUGGAAGCCCCAGUCCUGAAUAUUCAGUUCAGGUAUGGUGGGGCACUGCAAAAUGUCUCUGUGAAGCUGCCCAUCACACUGAACAAAUUUUUCCAGCCUACAGAAAUGGCCUCUCAAGACUUUUUCCAGCGGUGGAAACAACUGAGCAACCCCCAACAAGAAGUGCAGAACAUCUUUAAAGCAAAGCAUCCAAUGGAUACAGAGAUCACAAAGGCAAAGAUCAUUGGCUUUGGCACAGCUUUACUUGAAGAGGUGGAUCCCAACCCUGCUAAUUUUGUUGGAGCUGGUAUUAUACAUACAAAAACAAUACAGAUAGGAUGUUUGAUGCGUCUUGAGCCCAACCUGCAGGCACAGAUGUAUAGGUUAACACUGCGAACAAGUAAAGAGACAGUAUCCCGAAGAUUAUGCGAAUUGCUGUCAGAGCAGUUCUGAAUAAUGAUGAAAGAUCAGUUUUGAUUCUCCAUUUCUGCCAUCGUCCUCGUCUUGUUCCAGAAAUGUCUUGUGCACCAGUGUCUGCAAAAACAAUAGCUGCCACAUUCACAUCCCUGCCUUAAAAGGACCUGUCUCUUUUUAUGUGAAAUAUGUACAGUAUAAAACUACUUUAAAUGUGAAAAAGGCUUUCGAACAUCUGCUGCAAGGGGAGGGGAGAUUUUGUGUGUUUCAACUCAGCCAUACUCUAUACAUUGCCUGAAAAUUGCAAAUUGCAAAAAUAGUUAAUGCUGAGAAGGGAAAUGAAACGCCACCAUAAAUUCCUGGUAGUAAACUGCCUUGAAUCUAUUUUUCUAGCAGAGAUGAAUGAAGGUAUUGCUCAGAUGGGAUGGCCAUAUUGUUGCACUAUAAGGCUGUAGAUGGCUCAUCUUCCAAGAAAAAUGCACUAGAUGAGUAAGAGUCCAGGGUAUGGGAGGGCAGCGUUAGAUACUGCCUUCAGGAAUGUCACCAGUAUGUCUUUUUUAACAGAAUUGGGUGCUUGACUUCUAAAAAGAAUGCGUAGUCUGACUCCCAGUUUAAUAUUGUUGAAUAACUUGCAUCAAAUUCCACACACCUGUCCAGUAUUUUUUCAAGUUUGGAACUACCAAAGAAUAUUUGUCUUGACAAAUCUUUACCUAAGGGGGGAAAGGUUGAGAUCUUGACCACAAGGUGAUUUCUAAAGCUAUAGAGAGUUGGUCCAAUAAAAAAUUCCUUCACUUAGGUUAUAGCCUCUCUAGGAGAGGUUAUAACCUGUGUAUCAACCCCCCCCCCUCCUGUUUGUUGCUAGUAUGGGUUUUUAAUUUCACACUAAUCAUAUGGAUAGCUGGUUCUGAUGGUGGAGUGAGUACCUAGUCAGAUGUGAAUGAAAUUGUUGUCUUCUACAAGAAUGAGGGACCUUGAUUGUUUCAAAGUAACAUUGUCACAUCACCAGUAUAUUUUCUGCCUGAACUUGUCAGCUAGUUCAAAAAGCCAAUAAAGAUUGCCCUAACAAUGGCUUUCAUAAUAGUAUGCAUUAAAUUUUGCACAGAAGCAGGUCUCUGACUCUCUUUUGAAGUCUGAAGCACAUAUAUUUUGUUUAUGUCACUCACAUCUGAGUGAGUGAGCGGGUGAGUGAGAAGGCCUAUUAAGAAAUGAGUCCACAACUAGCUCAUGGACAUAAAACAGAUCCAUAUUGGGCGGAUCGGAUAUAUAUGUCCUUACUGUUUGAAUUAAGCGUCAAAAAGAAACACAUGGCCAAACUGUUUGGAGACAAGGUAAAUCAAGAUGAGAGUACAUUUUGUAAAAAAAAUAGGAUUCCUUUUAAAGUGGAUAUUGACUUAAAAUCGCUUUCGUUUUUUUAAUGGGGACAAGUUCUACAGCCACAGUUAAACUGAAGCAAAUUAUAUUGAGUUAUUUGCUGUGUAACUGGGUAAAGUAAUAAAAGUGGAAUAACUGCCACAUUCCUGUCACUUAAGAAACGCAAUUAUUUCCAUCAUGGCAUUAUUAGUAGCAUUGUAAUCUGUAUAAUAUUAACCAGUAUAAAAACAUAAGGUCUUCUGAAGUUUGCCUUGUCAUGUGUCAGAUGUUUGGAUGAGCUGUCACCUUGUUUAUAACACAAGUCUGUCACUCUGGAGCAUGGGUUUAUUGCUCUCCUUUUAAGGUCACUGUUCUGUCCUGUUCACAAGUACAAUUUUUGUGGUGAAAUUUCUUUUUUCCCCACACUGAGACAGCAGGCUGAAGAGCAGAUGUGUGAGUGAUGGGGCUAUAAUUGGUAAUUCAACCUUACACAGAGGGCUUUGCCUCUGAUAUGAGCCAUAUCAGCAUUGUUCUGAAGAAGACUUAAUGUGAUAACCAAAGUUAUGUAUUAAUCUUUUCUGAGCAAAGCAAUAGUUUGUGGCUAAAGCAGUAUUAGUAAUUAAGGUACAGUAUUUGUAUUGUUGUCAUGUGAAAUACCUGAACAGGAAGACAAAAUUGUUCAUAUUUAGGUCUACACUCCAAUGUGUAAUGCGUAGUCAUUUUCACUUUUAAAGGGAGGGGAAAUCACAAGCUUAUAUGGUAGACUUUCAUUUAUGACUGUAUAAAGUUUGAAAAUAUAUAAAUUUAAUCAUGUCACUUUAAUGGAAAAAUAAAUGUCUAUAGCUUGAAA